AUGGCUUCACUCGGCCAAAUUAUCUUCUACAGGUACAGUACCAAAGUUUGAGUGUGUCUUCUACUGAUGGCAAUGAAAUUAUGAAAACAUUCAGCAGUUUUCAGCGGUCUUCAGUCCUUGAGUAUCAUCCUUAAGGAAAGAAGAAUAAUAGACUUAUUUGUAUGAGAUUCUUUACAAAAGGUUUUUUAAAUUUUCCCAAAGUCUUGUUGUGUAUUGAAACUCCUUUCUUUUAUUUUGUCAGAGGCAAAUAUUGAACUCUGACACCUUUUUUGACUGCAACUAAUAGGUCUAAAGAAAAUGGAUUAGAUUGCUAGUAGUUUGAUUCUUUACAAACAAGCAAAAGAGAAAAAAAAAAAAAUUGUCUGUAUGAAUUAAAGACUUCAUCCGAUAGCUGUUGUAAGCAACUGUAAAAAAGUGUUUUUUCCAAAAAUACGAAACCAUAUGACAUAAAAGUUGUAAAGUCCUGAUUGAACUUAAUUAUAUAAGUGUAUAUGAUUGAAAUUAUACAUCAUAAAUAUAUGAACCAGGUUGUAAAUGAAUUUAUUUUGUUUCAAAAAUUUACAUUUUUGAAUUAGUGUGCUUGUGGUGUUUGAUGCUUUUGUAGCCAGUCUCAAGUGGACACUUAGGGAACUGCAGCUUUUAGCAAUUCUGCAUCAGCUUCAGUUCUUAAGAUUGGUUGCCACUUUUCAUGCGUUACAUUACAGUAGGAUGUAAUGUGGUACAGUACACAACAGUGUGAUUAUAUGAGAUAUGAUAAGAUGGAAAAUAACAUGAGACAACACAGUGUUACAUUGCAGUGUAAUGUCAUACUAUAUUAUACAAGAUUUUAUACGACAUGAUAUGAUAUGAUCUGUAUGAAACACCAAGUUAUGAUAAAAUACAAUAUGAUGCAAUACAAUAUGACAUAAAAAGUCCCCAUAUCAUACAUUAUUAUACCGUAUACAAAAAUACAAUAUCAUGAAAAAGUAAUAUAAAAAGACAGGUCUGAACAAACAUCCCCAUGGAUAGCGUGCCAAAGUCUGACUGUGGGCGGCCGACAACAACAACAUUUUUGUGAAUCACCUGUGUAACUACAGUUGACAGUUGACUUACUGUGUGGCCUUUUUUUAUUGCUGAGCUGCUGGCAUUGCUUUUAUUUUUCAAACGUAUUUUGCCGAUUGCAUAUUUGUACCAUUUGUAAGAGUUAAAAGCGAAACUGAAAACCUGCUUCUUUUGGAUUACUGCCCUGAAACUUUGACUCAUGUUAUGAAAUGCAUACCGCCUUACCCUGCGUGCCAGUCAGGAAUGUGCCUACUUUCAUGAACUGCCUGUGUUUGUGUUUCUUUUUAUGCAGCAUGAUCGUCCUGAUCGUCUUAUUCUCAGUUCUCAUCAUCCUCCUCCUAGCCCUGGCUUUCUCAGGUGAGAUCUGUUUACCUUCGUAAGAACCUGUUAUCCUUGGUGAUAGGCCUUGAGGCCACACGUGGGUGUGUUCAGCACUUAAUGUUUGUCCAAACUCAAAAGGUGUUAGACAAGAAGUCUAACGCCAAGAAAUUAGACUUGUGUUUGACAAGAAGUCACCAGGUGUUUUAAGGAAUGUUUUUGUGUGUUAGCAUGUGUAAUUAUACAUGAAAUUAAACAAGGGACCAUGCCAAGAAACUGUUCAAUAGAGGUUUCUGGGAACUUUGGACAAGGACAAAAAAAUGGCAUGUUCCUAAGAAUAUUAGAGCCAUAAACUCCUGAUAUGAUCUGAAACAUAUCAUGAGUUCAUGAGGCUUAUGUUCUUCACCACAUAAUAAAGAGCUAUUCAGCUGGCCUGUAAAGUGUUUUAAGUCAAGUGUCUUCAUCCUACAGGCUCCUCCUCUGAGGUGUCAAGCACCAAUACGUUACCCAUAGCUAACCUCAGUGACGACAUCAUCCUCAGCUGCUACUUGAACGUCAAACUUGAACUGGCCAAACUGAGAGAGGUGUCGGUCACCUGGGAGAAGAAGGAUCUGAAAGGGCUUGUUCAUCAUUAUCACGAUGGGGCUGAUGAUCUUCUAGACCAGGACCCCCAGUUCAAAGGGAGGACUCAGGUGUUUCCAGAGGCUUUGGGCAAAGGGAAUGCAUCACUGCUGCUGAGGGAUGUGAAAAAAAGAGACGCGGGAGAGUACACCUGCAAGAUCAGCUCCUCUGAAGGCAAAGGGACGGUUGACAUCAAUCUCAGAACAGCAGGUGGGAGGAUUGAUCUUACUAUUGUCAAGGGGGUUUAACCAAUCACAAUCAAGUAUGUAACACAUCCAGGUAUGGAUAAUUGGAAAUAAUAAUGUCAGUGGUUUGGAGAACAUUUCUCAGGUGCUGUUGUGACACUCAGUCUUUACCAUAGACUGUAUAUAUUAUGGACAAGGUGGUUCUGCCUUCUGCCAGUAAACAGAUUUGAAGCCGAAAAGCUCUCGGUAUUGCUCUCGGUAUUUUUCUCCAUUUCCUGAAACCAACAUUGCGCUGUAGCGUUGUACACAUUCGGCGGGAGAGUCGCCGAAAGUCACUGCGAUGGCGCUUGGCUCAAACAGCAUAUCCCUCGGGUGAGCUACAUAAUCCUUGUACGCCCGUAGGCUGUAUCAAGUGUCAAUCAUAGAAAACAUGAACCCCCUAAUAACUUUUAAAAAUGGAGCUGUACAGAAAACAGAGGACUUGAGCACAAACCAGUCUCACAAUAACUAUAUGUCAACAUCACAAGCGGGGGGAAGAAAAAAUUAUAUUCUGUGUAAUAAAUUUCUAAAGUUUCUUCACAGCCCCAUAAGAAUGGGUGGCGGAGGCGGGAUUUAUGACCUAUACUGCAGCCUGUCACCAGGAGGUGCUGUUCUUGGGGUGGCUUCACCCAGCGAGGAGGCAGACGGCGUCCAUUCUAUAUACAGUCUAUGGUCUUCACCAAUUUAUUUCACUGUUUUAUUACAUUACAUUUCAUUUAUUGGACCUUUACAAAUAAGUUAAGAGCUAUCUUUGAACCAUUAUGCCAUGACUUUAUGACUCAUACUUGCCACUUCUGUUUUCUCAGCCUUCAGUGCCCCCAAGUUCACGGUCAUAAAGGGCAUUCUGUUCGCUGUGGCUAACAGGUGGUUCCCUAAACCGAAUGUCACAUGGUCGGACGAAGCUGGGAACACUCUAAAAGGAAGUUCGAGCUUUGUACAAAACUCUGCAGGGAUUUACAGAGUGGCUAGCAGUCUGCAGCCAAUCAACAUCAGUGACACCUACGUCUGCAGGAUUGAAAAUGAGCUGGUGAGCGCUGUCUCAAAGGCAACUGUAUCAGGUAGGGUUUUAAAACCUAACCUAUGUUAUUACGAGGAGAAUAAAGAAUUUAAAAAAAAAUGUUUUUUGUUAAUUUUCAUGGAACUCACUUCCAGUAUGAUCCCAGAUAAGGAGGGGACUACUUUAUGUGGUAAGGCUGUGCUGUUUAACAUCAGUAAAUUUCAUAUCCUUGUGCUUUUGACAGAGACUGAGAUUUUUGAAAGGACAUACAUAACCUUCAACACUGCAUCAUCCCUGUUGGCAUCCAUUCACCUGAGCACUCUCACCAUGAUUCUCUACGUUUGUAACCUAACUUAGAUAUACAAAACUCUGUGUGUAUGAAUUAACAUUUCACGUAAGUAGUAGAAAUGAUUAAGAAUCAAGAAUGUAUUUUACAUGCAUGGAAAGUAAGGGGCUUUUUCCAUGUAGAAACAUUUUAUUCUGUAUUUAUAAUGUCUUUGUCAACUUUAGCCUCUUCUUUGCACUUCCUCAGGUGUUGAUGUUUGUGUCACCCGAAAUGUAAUGGUUCCAUCUAGAUUGCUUUCUAGGAAAUUAAUUACUGUUUUUCCGUCUUUUAUGUCUGCAUAUAGAAAAACCAAUACACAAAAAUGGAAAAUGCACAUGUGAUACAUUUUUAGAUUAUACUUAAGUUAAGCAUAUCAGUGACUCAGACACAUUAAAACAAACAAACAAAAACUACUAAAUUCGUCUUUGUAUCUCUGACUUAAUAGUUGUGCAGACAAGAAAAUGCAUUGAAAUACUUAUUAAAAAGAAAUAAAAACAUAUACACUGCAAGUAAUAAUUGCAACUGUGUGACACAUUCUUCAUUUUUAGGGGAAUAAAACAAAAUGUGAAUGCAAUACUUUCAAGAAAAUUAGAGUUUAUCUUCACAACUACAAUAGCUAUAUUUCUUGUAAACCAGAAUGCAGAAAAUAAACUGGUUUGCCCCCCUGACUGCCACUUAAAAAAUGUUCUUGCAUCUUGCCAAUACCCUGUUUUUGUCUCCUACCAGUAGAUGGGGACAGUCAAAUCCCAGACUGGUACUAA